UCCAAAGUACCGGACCCGAGGACACCCAUUUAACUAUAUUUUAAAACACCAACGUUUAAAUCCGGUCCUUGCGGCUGACAAACCCUCCUGCGUCCCUGACACAUACACAGACACAGACACAGACAUAACUUUUUUGCCGUACAUAGAAAUAAACCCUGAGCUUAGUUUUUGAAACCCCUUUUUUAAUUAAUCAAUUCAUUAAGCUCUUUUCCUUUUUUGGUCUUAUUUUACUCUGUCGAGCUUUGAAAGAAAGAAAAAUAAAAAAUAAAAAAUUAAAGCUUUGGACGAAGAGAAAAAAAGGAGCCGUUACUGUUUUUGUUCAGAAGAAAAGAAGAAGAAGAAGAACGUUACGAUUCUUUCAAGCUCCAUAAGAUAAGCUGAAGAAGGAAGAGAAAGAAACUGAAGAAGGAAGAACAAUGGGGAGGGGUUUCAGGUUCAUUUUCGCUACUUCACUGUUGCUCACUCUACUGGAUCUCUGCAAUGGAAGCAACAUUGGAGUUUGUUAUGGGAGAAAUGCUGAUGACCUUCCCACACCUGACAAGGUGGCACAGCUGGUUCAACUUCACAAUAUUAAAUAUGUAAGGAUCUAUGACUCCAAUAUACAGGUCCUCAAAGCCUUUGCAAACACUGGAGUUGAACUUAUGAUUGGGGUCACAAAUGCAGACUUAUUGCCAUUCUCUCAAUUCCAAUCCAAUGCAGACACUUGGCUUAAGAAUAGUAUUCUUCCUUACUACCCAGCCACAAAGAUCACAAUCAUUACUAUUGGUUCUGAAGUCACCGAGGCCCCUAAUAAUGUAUCUGCUUCAGUAGUGCCUGCCAUGAAAAAUGUCCUGACAGCCCUCAGAAAAGCUGGUCUGCAUAAGAAGAUCAAAGUUUCAAGUACCCAUUCCCUUGGAGUACUUUCCCGAUCAUUCCCUCCCUCUGCGGGGGCUUUUAACAGCAGCCAUGCAUUUUUUCUCAAACCAAUGUUGGAAUUUCUUGCUGAAAACCAGUCUCCUUUCAUGAUAGAUAUUUAUCCAUACUAUGCUUACAGAGAUUCCUUGACCAAUGUAUCCCUGGACUAUGCUCUAUUCAAGUCAUCUUCUGAAGUAAUCGACCCAAACACUGGCUUGUUGUACACAAACAUGUUUGAUGCUCAGAUUGAUGCUCUAUACUUUGCACUGAUGGCUCUGAAUUUCAGAACAAUUAAAAUUAUGGUGACUGAGACUGGCUGGCCUACAAAAGGAUCACCUAAGGAAACAGCAGCAACUCCUGAUAAUGCCCAAAUUUAUAAUACCAAUCUGAUUCGUCAUGUCUUGAAUGAUAGUGGUACACCUGCAAAGCCUGGAGAGGAGUUGGAUGUGUAUAUCUUCUCUUUGUUCAAUGAAAAUAGGAAGCCGGGAAUAGAAUCUGAAAGAAAUUGGGGGUUAUUUUAUCCUGACCAGACAAGUGUCUAUAACCUGGAUUUCACCGGAAGAGGUGCUCUUGAUACGCCUACAGAGUCUAAUAUAACCAGUUCAAAUGCAACAACAUGGUGCAUUGCUUCAAACAAGUCUUCUGAAAGGGACUUGCAAAAUGCCUUAGAUUGGGCUUGUGGUUCUGGAAAUGUGGACUGUACUGCUAUUCAACCUAGCCAGCCUUGUUAUGAACCGGAUAAUCUGGCCUCACAUGCAUCUUAUGCAUUCAACAGUUACUACCAGCAGAACGGGGCAACUGAUGUUGCUUGCAGUUUUGGAGGCUCAGGGAUUAGAGUUGACAAGGACCCAAGCUAUGACAAGUGCAUCUACAUGAGUGCUAGAAGCAACAAAACCAUAGCAAGCAACACGACAGCGAUUUCUUCAACUUCUUCCUACGCACGCAACAAAAUUCCACCUGCAUGCUUCUCUAGCCUCAUUCUAGCAACCUUCAUUCUGUUGCUCUUAAAAAUUAGCCAUGCUUGAGUUAGCCUAAUAUCGAAAGCACAGGAGAGAUUUUGCCCAAAAUAUUGAGACAAUCAUGCACUUAUAGAUGUUCGGAGUAUGCUGGCUUGAGAAACUUACAUAGUUUAAAUUGUGAGAAAGAAUGCAAGUGUGUAGAGCAACCUCUCUUCUACUCCUAGUUUUGUAUGUUAAGGUGCACAAAGGACAAAACAUCUAUGGGCACGAGCAUGACAUGAAUUAUAUAUUUUUGCACAUAAUGUAGCUUAGUUUUUCAUUCUCA